CGGGAGGGAACUAAGAAGAUAAUGGCGCACUAACUCACUCAUGAAGACGUGGAAGGAAGGAAGGAAGGAAGAGAAGCAUGCAUGCAGUAAGGCAAGCAUGCGGUAUUAAUAACAACAGUAAUUAUAAUACUAAGAAGGAGGAGGAGAAGAAGAAGAAGAUGUCGACCACGACGCAGAGGAGACUGAGAAGAAGGGAGGGGAGGGGAGAGGGGAUGCUCGUGUUCCAAAGCAGAGAGCGGCUCAACUGCAUCAUCGGAGCUCAGCAGGCAGGGAUGGAGUGGCGAUGGAGAGACACAGGAGGAGAAGCUUCCUCCCACGAGGAAAAGACACGAGGAGAGGUGAAGAAGCCAUGGCUUUGACGGGAGAGACCUAGUGAGUGAGUGAGAUACAGAAGAAUCCUAAGCAAGCCAGCAAGCAAGCAAACGGCUAUCAUCAGUCCAUUCUCUCUCUCACCCUGUGCUGGCUAUGGCGGACACCACAUUUCGGCGUCUUCACACCCACCUGCGAGGAGCCAACGGGGCGGGACAGGGCGGGAGGCAGCUGAGGAGCGGGGCGGACCGCAGUGGAGGAGCCAGGUUAUAUGGUGGGGUGAUGGUGGGCGUUGCCGUGAUCAGGGUUUGAGUUUCGUGUUAAGUCGUAGAGACGGCUGGCGUUUUGUGUUGCCUCAUGGCCGCGCGGCGUCAGCCGGCUGCUGUUGCUACUGCUACUGCUGCUACUGCUGCGGCUUCUCCCGCUGAGAUUGGAAAUAUGAUUUGCUGAGGAACGACGGCGUGAAUCAAUACCCGGAUUGAAGAUCAAGGUUAAGGCAGCAGUGGGGGCAGCAAAUUUGAACAAAUAUCAUCUGCAAGAAAGUGGAGAGGUUGUCGCAGCUGAGCCAGGGAACGGACUCGUAUCAAACGCAAUAAUGCUGAAGCGAAAACACUUAACGCCUCCGGGGUCCCCCUCUGCCAGUAAGAGACCUCCAAGGGGGGAUUCCCCGAAUCUUGGGGCUACCAAUGGGGAGCUAGUGGAGACAGAAGCUAAGAAAAUUGCAACAAAUUUAACAGAUCUGAAUGUUGUCAAGCAGGAUAUUUUAAAAUCGGAUGGAGUAGUUGGAAGUGUAUCAGGAACAGAACCGGUGGAAUUAAGGGUGGAUAUAUUGGGCGAGAAAGGGAAUAAGGUGCUCACAAGUCCGCAGGACGAGGUUUUAGUGGGCUCCUCGGCAACAGCAGAUCGUCUACAUGAGACGUCAAGUGUUGGGCCGAAAGCAAACAUGGAUACUGUGGACGUCGGUGAUCAGUCCCCAUCGCUGGUCCUUGAAUUGCAUGUGUCAUCGUCUUCGGCUCCAUCGAAUCCCACGGAUCCAGCAGAAGAAAAACCCAAGCAUCACACGAUUCCCAGUCAUGCUGGCUGGUUUUCAUGGACUGACAUACAUACGCUUGAGAAGAGGGGCUUGCCGGAGUUUUUUAAUGGUAAAGUGCCAGGUAAAACUCCAGAGAUGUACAUGGAAUUCAGGAACGCAGUGAUGAAGAAAUAUCGGGAGCAUUUGGGAAAGGUCUUUACCGUUGCUGAUGUGUUGGAGCUUCUCAAUGGCGUGGAUGAGAAGUCCAUUCAUCGAAUCAUGGAAUUCUUGGAUCAUUGGGGAUUGAUUAACUAUCAUGCCCCUGCUGAAUUCCUACCUCCUUGGACGCAUCACACUACUGUUUUGGAAUCAGAUGCAGCUCUUAUGCUGCGGGCUUUACCUCGAAAAGGUUCAAGUUUGUAUCAAUUUGAUACUUCUGCACCUGUCCUGCAGCAGAAUAUGGUGAAAUUAAAACCAGCUAAAACUAAAGAGGCAGUCAUUGCAGAUAUGCUUGCAUUAGAGGGAGGAACCGAAGUGGAGUAUCAUUGCAAUUUUUGUUCUGCAGAUUGCAGUAAACAACGUUAUCACUGUCAGAAGCAGGCUGAUUUUGAUCUAUGCUCAGAUUGCUACAGUGAAGGGCAAUUUGGGCCGGGUAUGUUGGCGACAGAUUUUAUAAAAAUGGAUGUCACAGAAGCAUUCAACGCAAACGGGGGAGGUUGGUCGGAUCAGGAAACCCUCCUGCUGCUGGAGGCUUUAGAACUAUAUGGAGAUAACUGGAACGAAAUAGCGGAGCAUGUUGCAACCAAGUCAAAAGCACAGUGCAUUUUGCAUUUUAUUCGGCUCCCUGUUGAAGACUCCUUCUCAGAAGAUGCAGAUGGUUCCGGAUUGACCAAUAAUGUUCCUGCUUCGGCUUCCAUUCCGAAUAAUAAUAGCACAGCGCAGAGUGAACCAAAAGAAGAGGAAGCAUUAGAAGAAGCACCUAAAGAUUGUACUGCCAACGAACCGAGCACAGACGUUGCAGUUGAACUUCUGCAUGAAGAGUUGGUGAUGCCAACAAACCUUGCCGCAUUUGCUGAAGCCGGCAACCCCGUCAUGGCUCAGAUGGCGUUCCUUGGUACUAUGGUUGGAUCAAAAAUGGGUAGAGAGGCUGCAAUAGCUUCAUUAGGAGCGCUUCAAAUGAAGGAUCCUGGGAUUCGUCUUGCAGCAGAGACUGCUAUGAUCCUAGAAGACCCAGUUACGAACGUUCAGCCAAGUAUAUCAGAAAACCCUGACCGUUCAGUUCAGGUAGAUGAGGAUAUGCAAAGUGGAGUUGAGACCGCGCCAGCAGGUGAUGCAGACCCAAGCUCACCUGAUGGGGUUAAAAUUCCUGUGUCCGACAGUGCUGCUACUGCCCAAAACGAUGAUGGUGCCCCCACUCAAUCAGAACUCAACUUAGGUAAGGAGGUUGUUCAUAAGACAGAUGUUGCAGAACAAAAAUUGAAUGUCUUGGAGGAGGCUAGAGUUGCAGGACGCGUGAAGCAGGCAGCAGCAAGCGCCUUGGCGGCUGUAGCUGUCAAAGCUAAGCUUCUGGCUGACCAGGAAGAGCGUGAGAUGCAGCGAUUAAUCGCAGUUGUUAUUGAUCAACAGUUAAAAAAGCUGGAGCUAAAGUUGAAGUUUCUAAACGAGUUGGAUAGCGAACUUCUAAAGCAUUGUGAUGCAGUCGAGCGUGACCGAUUAUUCUUUUUUGAAAAUCAGACCCGAAUAGCAGCCUCUCAUUUGGGCACAAGUUCUAAUUCUAAUCCACCCACAUCCCCCUCUGGACAAGAACAGCCUGCUCGCCAACAUCAACAUCCACAGGCUCCUGCCAUGGCCCAAGGGCCUGUGUCCUUUCAAGGGCAUAUGUAUAUGCAUGGUUUUCAAGGCAUGUCUCAUCCUCCAGGUGUUUCUUUCAACCAUCAAAUGCAGCCCAACCAUACAACUGAUUUCAUGCAAUCACAAAUGUAUCAAGGACUUGCAAAUACAGUGCAUGCAGGAUCCAUGACUGUUCAACAAAACCAUUUUGGAAGACAUAUGAUGAUUGGCGGAAGUGCGCCCCUUCAUUUGCUUCAGGGGCGCCAAAUAGGACCUCAUGAGGUAACUCCUCCCCCCAAGUUCUUGGGAGGUCUUUGACACAAUCUGGUGAUGCCCCUGGUCAAGGACUAGGUGGACCCAUGUUGGGCGUUCCAGGAUUAUCAAGACCUAUGUCAGGUGGUGCACUCGGUGGUAGGUACAGUAGAUUCAAAGUCGUAUUUACAGAGAUCUGCUGCUAUGUAGAUUAGAAAUGCUUCUGAAGGUGAAUUUUAUUCUGGUCAUACAGGAGUUGUAACUUUGAGAUAUCAUUUUCUUGAGACUUUGUAGAGUGGCACGAAAUUCAGUAGACAGCAUUUCACGACAAUGUCUGAUCUCUCUGUCAUCUGUGGCUGCAUAUGUGGUCAUUGCAUUUGCCCGCACAAGUAGGCCCUCUCACAUCCAGGAAUUUGGACACUUCGAACGUGAUUAACCUUUUGAUGGGAUGUGUUUCAGAAAAACAAGUUGAUGUAGAACAUGACCUUUGGUGCACCAUCAACAGUUGUAAAGGUUUUAAAGGACGCCAAAGCUGGCAACCUAUUAAACUCAGCAUGGGCAUGUAUUGGUGUGGUGGAAGGCUCGAGUUGCUUUACUCUGUUUCAUAGCCCACGGCUUUCACUAAUGCUAUUUAGAUUUUUCA